UUCAAUUGAGCCAGUGUCUGGCUGGACUCCCGGCCGCGAGGUGGUGGUCGUUAUCUACACACUCGCUCUAAACUUUGUAAACAUUUCAUGGAUUAAUUAUUGCCAGCUAGUUUAUCUUAGGGCAGGACGCCAGCGGCUUGUCGUAGGUUCUCCCAUUUGCCCUGCUGAUCUUUUCCUAGUUGUUUAUUGUACAUCUUAUGUUGAUCCUGUGAGAAGAAGCACAGAAAAGGACCUCCCCUUGAUAUAAUAAACCUGUUCAGUGCAGAAGAGACAGGAAGCUGACUAGGCAAAAUGGCACAGUAUAAAGGAGCAGCGAGCGAGGCUGGUCGGGCCAUGCAGAUUAAAAAACGAAGAGAACGGGAACAGGAGGAAAUGGAGCAGAAGAAACGGAAGUUAGAAGAAUCGCUAAAAAUAAACAAGAUUGAAAAUAAGUUUGCUGUUCAUUAUGAUGCAGUGGAACAGCAACUAAAGAGUUCGACAAUUGGUUUAGUCACACUCAAUGAAAUGAAAGCCAAACAAGAAGAUGUUGUCAAAGAAAGAGAAAAAGAAUUAGCAAGAAAAAAGAGAGAACAAGAAAAAUUGUUAAGAAAAGAAAUUGAGGCCAAACAAGCCAAAAAAAAGGAACAGAGAGAGAAGAUUGCGAAGCUUAGUUUUUGCCCUGAUGAUGAAGAGGAGGAGGAAGAGGAGGAGGAGGAGGAGGAAGAGCAGCAACAGGAGGAAGAGGUGGUGAUGGAGGAGGAGUAUAUUCCUGAAAUUAAUGAACAUGACAAGGAACUCAACAAAGACUUUAGGAUGGUUAAGAAUCCCGAUGUUGAUACCAGCUUUUUACCAGACAGGGACAGAGAAGAUGCUGAAAAUAGGCUCAGGGAGGAAUUACGGCAGGAAUGGGUAGCAAAACAAGAAGCCAUGAAAAAUGAGGAAAUUGAGAUCACUUUCAGUUACUGGGAUGGAUCAGGCCAUAGGCGAUCUGUACGUAUGAAGAAAGGAAACAGCGUGUAUCAAUUUCUCCAGAGAGGACUAGAAAUUCUACGGAAGGAGUUCAAUGAACUGCGUUCAGUGUCUGCCGAUCAUCUUAUGUACAUCAAGGAGGAUCUGAUUAUACCUCAUCAUUACACUUUCUAUGAUUUUAUUGUUAACAAGGCUCGUGGAAAGAGUGGCCCACUGUUUCAUUUCGAUGUUCGUGAUGAUGUACGAUUAGUUAGUGAUGCAUCUGUAGAAAAAGAAGAAUCACAUGCAGGCAAAGUGGUGAUGCGCAGUUGGUAUGAGCGUAACAAGCACAUCUUUCCUGCAAGUAGAUGGGAGCCUUAUGAUCCUCAGAAAAAUUAUGAAAAGUAUACAAUUAAAGAUAAAAACAAGAAAAAAUGAAUGAAUACAUCAGAACAGUAAGCUCUGAAGUACAAAUCUUUAUUUUGUUCUUUCUGUACUGCCAGGAAAUAGGAUGUUAAUAAUAUGAGCAUAUCCUAAUAAUGUACAAACGGCAACUACUUCAAAUUAUUUACUUUGAUACAGUUGAAGUAAAUGAGAGAGUAGAAGAAACAAACACACACCCUCAUAAUAUUUCACUGUGUUCCUGUGUUGAUAGUCUGGUGGAACCUACAGUGUCUUUCCCCAAAGAUCUAUAUGAUCACAUUUACUUGAUGGAAAUAUUUUACAUGCAGAUACAUAUUACAGUGAUGAAGAGGGACACGAGUUACAUAUAUUAAGAGGCACAUGCCGGUAACAAUUAUUGUUUCCACAAUAGGCAUGCAUGGUAGGAAACCAAAAACAUGGACUCAAGAACAGCUGAAAGUUAGCUGCAAUAAGAAGCAAUGAGAUAGGUAAAUAAGAAAUUAAUUAUGAUGGAUACAUUGGGAGAUUUGUGAUGUUCUGCAGUUUAAAUGUGGUCAAAUAUAAUAGCUUUUUA